AUGCCUGUUAGCAAUGAUAGAGGAAAUAAAACCAGUAAUAAUAGCGAGUUUAAGAGGCCUACUUUCACUCCCAUACAAGAUAUUAUUGCUGGGAUUAAAUAUCUAAUAUUUAAUAGUGAAGCAAACAAAAUUGUAAUCCCGGUUUUACUUCUUUUUGAAUCUAUAUUUUUAAAGUUAAUUAUUAAAAAUAUUCCAUAUACUGAAAUCGAUUAUGAAGCCUAUAUGGAACAGAUUGCAAUGAUUGAAAUUGAUCAUAACUUAAAUUAUUUAGAAAUUAGAGGCGGCACUGGGCCAUUAGUUUAUCCUGCUGGACAUGUAAUGCUAUUUAAAUUGAUGCACACGCUAACUAAUGGAAUGGAUAAUAUUAAGGAGGGACAAAUAAUCUUCAGGUAUCUUUAUUUAGUCACAUUAUUGUUACAAAUGUGUUGUUACUAUAUCUUAAAUAUUCCUCCAUGGUGUGUUGUUUUGGCAUGUAUUUCCAAAAGGUUACAUUCUAUUUAUGUUUUAAGAUUGUUUAAUGACUGUUUUACGACCUUUUUUAUGGUAUUAACUAUCUUUAUCUUUUUGCUUUCUUCCAAGCAAAAAUAUUCAGAUGCAAAAAAAUUGUUUUUCACAAUUUUAAGUUCAAUUACUUAUUCAAUCGCGGUUAGUAUCAAAAUGAAUGCAUUAUUAUACUUUCCGGCUGUUAUGAUCUCACUAUACCUGAUCAACGAGGGAAAUCUGGCGAAUACUAUUUUGAACUUCUUAAUAAUGCUUAUUUGGCAAAUAAUUGUAGCGUUACCAUUUCUAAAAGAGUAUCCAUAUGAAUACCUAAAAGGAUCUUUUAAUUUUGGAAGACAAUUUAUGUUUAAAUGGAGUAUUAAUUGGCAAUUCUUGGGGGGAAAACGUUUCCAUGAUAUAAGAUUUCAUUACUUAUUGUUAUUUUGUCAUAUAAUUAUUAUCUUAGUAAUCCUGUUACGAGAAUAUCCAAGAUUUUUUAAAGAUUUAUUAAUCUCUGCAAAACACCCCUUUGGAAAUUUGGAUAUGGCAGCAUAUCAGAAGAGGGAAAUAAUUUCAUAUACUCUAAUAACCUUUAACUUUACUGGCAUUAUUUUCUCUAGAUCGUUACACUACCAAUUUCUAUGCUGGUACCACUGGACUUUACCGAUAAUGAUCUUCUGGUCUCAACUACCGAUAUACGUAGGGCCCAUUUGGUAUAUUUUACACGAAUAUUGCUGGAAUUCAUACCCACCUAAUACAAGAUCUAGCACCCUUCUUAUCUGCUUGAACAUCUGGUUAUUAUUUUUAGUAUUACUAUUCCGUAAUAAUAUCCAUCAUUCUAAAGCUUUGAAAAGACACCAUACUCAAGAUAUUACUGAUCAGAAAAAGACUCAAUGA